AUGACGGACCUCAAGAUCGGUCACCCGGCUCCCAAGCUGUCCAGGGCACGCACCAUGGAGCUGUAUGAGCGAAACUCUUGGCUCACACGGUCCACUUCGGACACAUCGGUCACGAUGCGGCUCGAUGGCCCGCAUCCUUUACGGAUGGCUCGAAUGGCUUCGACCCAUUUCCAGCAGGGCAGGGCUACCGAAGAGACUCCAGACCAGCGUUGGUUCAAGACCUCUGCCACUUCCUUCGCAAAGUAUGGCAUCUACCCGGGCCAGGGCUUAAAGGGGAUGUACAUGCGUGAUCCUCAUACAGGCGUGUGGUUCAAGGACACUCCCGAACGACUGUGGCACAAAGAGCUGGAAAAGCCGCCGCCUAGCUCCGUGUCGAAAUCCAACAAAGACUUUGUGCCCCUCUACGCUCUCCACGUGCACCUGCACUGCAAGCCGUGA